AUGAGACCAGAGGGCGGGCUCUGCCGCGUGGAAAUGACGUGUUAUGAGGCCAAUCGGGAAACCAAGGCCACCUCGGCCAAUGAGGUCGCACGGAAUAUCUCGCGAGCACUGUCCGUCUCGCGGAUGAAAAGGUGCGCCGAUGACUCCGCCCGUGCCAGAUUGAAACUAGCGCCAAGAGGAACGGCGACGAAUCAGGGGCGAUAACUGAAGGUCUCGGGACAGAGCUGGUGCGAGCGCGCCCCCCCAUGUCCUGUGACUAUACAGCGAUGAGCAGCGACCGGCAGAGUUUGUUUGAUCCCGGAGAUCAUCAGCACUUGCGCUUCAACCCGCUGCGUGGAUCAUGGAUCUUGGUCUCCGCCCAUCGGAUGAAGCGGCCCUGGCAGGGGCAGAUUGAGAGACCUCCGGAGGAGAACGUCCCUCGACAUGAGCCCACCAAUCCGCUUUGCCCUGGCAGUCGGAGGGCCAAUGGAGAGGUGAACCCCAAGUACGAAAGCACCUUUAUGUUUGACAAUGAUUACCCUGCUCUCCAGCCAGAUGCACCAGAUCCUGGCCCCGGUGACCAUCCUCUCUUCCAGGCAAAAGCUGCCAAAGGGGUUUGCAAGGUGAUGUGCUUCCACCCCUGGUCUGACAUCACCCUCCCGUUGAUGCAGCUGAGUGAGAUCAAGACUGUGAUUGACAGAUGGGCAGAGCUGAUUGAGGAGCUGGGCCCCAAGUACCCAUGGGUGCAGAUAUUUGAAAAUAAAGGUGCUAUGAUGGGGUGCUCCAAUCCUCACCCUCACUGCCAAGUGUGGGCCAGCAGCUUCCUGCCCAACGAGCCAGACCUUGCAGAUGGCCACCAGAGGGCGCAUUGGAAAACCCAUGGGGAGGUCAUGCUGGUGGAGUAUGCAAGGCAGGAGGCUGUGAGAAAGGAACGAGUGGUGGUGGAAAACGAGCACUGGCUGGUGGUGGUGCCUUACUGGGCUUCCUGGCCCUUCCAGACAAUGCUGCUGCCCCGUCGCCAUGUUCUACGCCUGUCGGACCUCACCGCCCAGGAGCGAGAGGCUUUGGCGUCCAUAAUGAAAAUGCUGCUGACAAAAUAUGACAACCUGUUCGAGGUCUCCUUCCCCUACUCCAUGGGCUGGCAUGGGGCCCCCACAGGGCCAUAUCUACAGGAGGACAUGAGUCACUGGCAACUACAUGCCCACUACUACCCACCCCUCCUCCGCUCUGCCUCCGUGCGCAAGUUCAUGGUAGGAUAUGAGAUGUUGGCAUUGGAGCAACGGGACCUUACCCCUGAGCAGGCAGCAGAACGACUGAGGAACCUACCUGAGGUGCAUUACAAGGACAAAGCCAAGGGAAGGACUGCAGAAGGACAGGGCGAGUGACCCUGAUGUGACAACAGCUGUGCACUGGGUGGCACUCCUUUGGGCUUCACAUGCAGUUGCAAAUUGCUCAGGGGGAAAAAAAAAACAUAUGCACAUAACAUGUAAUGAUUCUUUGAUUUAUUUGGCAGGUGGUUGUGAUGUUGACAUGUAUCGAUCAUUUCUAAAUUUAACUUGGAUCUCUUAACAGUGGGAUAUUUUUUUUUUUUUUCCUAAGGAAGAUUGAAGCCAACAGUCAAUGUCUUUAAGAUGUUUUCUCACCUAUAAUUUGCUUUGUUUAGUGUUCUCUUUUAUGACUGUUGAAACUGGCAUAUUCAAGCUGCAAGAAUUCUUGUAAGAAAAUCCAACACCAUUUACUUUCAGCCACUUCUAAAUCACGCGUGUAAUGUACUUGCGAUAAAUAAAGAGUGCAAUCGGUAAUGGGCUUAGAACUGCGAGUUCUGAGAUGGCUGAUUGAAACAGUUUUUAAAUUGUUGAUUACUUUGUGGUCUUCCUUUGUAUGAUUGUCACAUUGUCUUCAAAGAAAUAUAUGAACGAAUAUGUUGGAUAUUACUUUAAAUAUUUGUCAUAUUUCAUUUAAUUUAACAUUUUUCAUGUUUUUUUGGAAAAAGAAAAUUGCAUUAUUACAAAAUUAUUUUCUAAAUCUGCUAACAUUUACUUUGCAUUUUUAGUCCUAGUGUCUUCACCUUUGUCAUUAUAGCAUUUGUAAACACUGCUGCGGGUUUCUUGAGCUUAAUUGAAAUAGAUUUAAUUGACUGCUUUGAUGAGGGGUUUAUACAGCAUUAGAUCUUUGUCAUUGCUAAUUAAUAAGUAAUUACUGAUCUCUUUCAUUUUUGAAGUAAACAUACAGAUGUUCCUGCCGCGUUAGGUUUCAGAUUAAUGUUUUAAAACACCUUUUGUUGAGGUGCCUUGGGACGAGCCGUUUAAUGAGAGGGGACCUAUCCUGCUGCUCAGUCGCAUUGCUUAAAGUAGCAGCCAUGGCUUUUCAUUAGAACUGCUCCAACAUUGUUGGCCAUAAGCACGUAACCAUGUGUUGUUGCAAGUCUGACAAAUGGCUUGUGUUACCCAACCUAGUCUCACCUAUUUGGGCUUGCAGAGCAAUUUGAGAGGCCAGCAUUGGCCUUGCAUUUCAAAUGUAAAUGGGAAUCCUGACCAACAAUCGUUCCUUUGCUGUGAAAACAAACAAACACGAAAGGCAGAUCCGAAGCUCUCUAAUACAGAAACAGUUUAUGAUGUGUAAAUGGUUCCUUUGAUGAUAAAUUGCAUGUUGAUAAGAAGCUUUAACACCAAUCUUAGUGAGCAUCCUUAGGUAAUUCAUCCAAAGUGACUUGUGCUUCUUGUUUGCUUUUUGUAAUUAACCAAGAACUGUUUCUCAGAACAGCCGCCUAAACCUUAACCUCAAGUCUUGCAUCAUGUAUCAUUGUUAAACGUGUACAACCUUAA